UAGAGAGCAAAAUAUACCUUCAAUCAACGUUUUAAAUGUUGAAGCUGAAAACAGUUGUACAGAAAACUUUAGCUAGUUUUUUAAUUAAUAAAAACGUGUAUAAAGCUUCUAAGAUGCCUUUCUACGCCGUUGCGAAAGGUCGGACUCCCGGAAUAUUCAUGAAUUGGGCGGACUGCGAAGCUCAGGUCAAAGGCUUUUCUGGUGCCAGAUACAAGAAGUUUGACACAGCUGAUGCAGCUCAAAAAUUUAUUACUGAUGUGGUUAGUCAUAAUAUUUUACCAGCAUCUAAUUCUUUCAAUAAACCAAAAAACCAGCCAAGUUCGUCCAAUAAAAACCUUAAAAGAAACUAUUCUAAUUCUUCUAAUUAUGGAAACAGUAACAGUUUUCAACCAACCAGUAGCAGCUUAAAAAAUCAGAAGCGCAAAGAUCAAAACAGCGAUGAAGACGCCGGAUUCUCAGACGGGUCUGAUGACUUGAACACAAUUUUGACUAAACAGUUGGAUGAUGUAGAAAAGAGGCUGAAAGGUUUUGAGAAAAAUGUUGACAAAAUCAUAAAGAAAAACACUAAAAGUUAUAAAGGUGGGGAAAGGAAAGCUAUUAUGAUAGAGCCUCCACAGCCAAAGAGAAGAAAAACUAGUGGAGGGUCCGAUUUUGAAACGGACAAUGAUGGUUAUGUGCAAGUAUAUACAGAUGGAGCGUGCUCUGCCAAUGGUCGCAGCGGAGCGAGAGCUGGUUUAGGAAUCUACUGGGGUGAGGCACACCCUCUGAACACCAGUGAACCAGUAUCGGGUCGUGCUACAAAUAAUUGUGGAGAAAUUCAAGCUGCAACAAAAGCUAUCAAACUCGCUAUGCAAAAUGGUGUGACAAAGCUGUCUAUCAACACUGAUUCUAAAUUUCUCAUCAAUUCAGUGACCAAAUGGAUGCCAGGUUGGAAAAGAAAAGGAUGGAAAUUACAAUCAGGAGAGCCAGUCAAAAAUGAGACAGACUUUAAAGACCUUGAUAGUGUUCAGAAUAAGCUUGAUAUAAAAUGGAAUUAUGUUGAGGCACAUCGAGGAAUUCAUGGCAAUGAAAUGGCUGAUCAGCUAGCUAAAGCAGGAGCAGCUAUGAAUCAAUCAAAAUAAAUGACUGAAGCAUUUGUUAGCAUGUAAUCUAAACCUUUGAUAAGGUUCUCUUGUGAUAAUUUUUGAAGAGUUUUGUUUAAGAAUGAUAAGUAUAUGUAGUAAUACUAUGUAAUGUGAUUCGGAAGUCCCCAACAAACAUAGCCAUGCAGGCAUGAAGAAAUUAAUAAUGAUAGAAAACAUCUAAGGAUUUUUGUGAUUGUAUGGUACCUAUUCUUGCAAAGUUAUUUUUG